AUGUGGCUCAGAGCCUACAUGGUCAUGCAAAAACGAGGACGAGAGAAAGAAAACGUUGCAGGAGAAUACAAGGCUGUCUUAGAACUUGCAUCUACCAUGCGAGAACAAACGACUGGACUCGUAAGCGAGGAAGGCGAUGAAGUCCUUACGGUUACCGAAGCUAAGCUGCGUCGACGCAUCGAGAAAGACUUGCGUGGAGGAUCCAUCUCCUACGCUGCGCCACUCGUCCUCCAAAACAAGAAAACCCGACAAUUGGAUAUCAGGGUAUGGGUUGAGAGCCACAAGCUUUCAAUCCUUGCCAUGAUUGCCUGUAUCCUGGCGACGCUAUUCAGUGCAAUAUCCCUGCCACGGAAUGGCAUCUUCCUUAUCCCUUUGCCGUUGGAGUUGAUUCUCGCUCUAUGCAUUGACCGCUCUAUACAUGACACGCCCACCACGCUCUCCGUAUUCUCUGAGUGA